AUGGCAUCAACAAGUCAACCGCAUUCUUCCUUCCCCGCGCGUCCUUUCAAUAACAUACGCAACCCUCCCACCACAACAGCUUUUGCUCAAUCACAACCCGCUCUGGCUUUGAGGCAGAAAGAAAGGUUAUCGAAGGAUACCCAAGCGCAAGCUCCCGCCCCGGCCAUGGCCCCGCCGGCUAAUGCUCAAAUGAAUAUCUUGAGUGAUGAACAGAGGGAAGAGAUCAAUGAAGCUUUCGUUCUCUUCGACAACGACAAGGACCAAAGAAUCGACUACCACGAAUUCAAAGUAGCCCUCAAAGCCCUCGGUUUCGAUCUGCCCAAACCCGAAAUCCUCACUCUCUUAACCACGCACGGCAUACCUCCCGACACCGCAGCGCGCAACGGCAUACGCGAUCCCAAUAUCCCCCCUGGGCGUCUGCUACUCACUCUCCAGGCCUUCCAAACCAUCGCCGGGAAUCUAAUAGCGGCGCGCGAUCCUCGCGACGAGAUACUGCGAGCGUUCGCUCUAUUCGAUACCGACGACAAAGGCAUGAUAACCCUUGAAGAUUUACGGCGAGUAGCGCACGAAUUAGGCGAAGGACUAGAAGAAGACGAGCUGCGAGCGAUGAUAGAGGAAUUCGAUUUAGAGGGCAAAGGCGGAGUAGGGAGAGAAGAGUUUAUUCAAAUAUGUAUGGGAUGA